GUCACGCUACACCCUUUGACCUUUCCCUCAUGACGACAGAGACCCAAUCGCUUUAGUUUUUCUGCUUUUUUCUUACUGGAUUUCUAUCCUUAUUACUCUCCUCUUCCAACCCUGAGAAGAAAUGGCGACGCAACCGAAUCGACCAGAGCCUAUGAACGUGGCGACUCAUCACGCCAAAGUCAGAAUCUCGCUCUCACUCUCUGAUCCGUCAUUUGUUGCUGGCGAUGCGAUAACGGGAAAGAUGGAGAUGGAAUGUAAGGCCGAUAAAGGGCUGGGAAUUGGGGUUAUGAUGGUUGAAUUGUUUGCUAUCCAGGAAUUAAGCUCUCGAGAUCAUCAUGCGACGUCCACAUUCAUUCACUCUCGUCGAGUAUUUCAAGGACCGGGUUAUACCCCUUCGAAUGCUGUCCAACCCCAUCCCUUACCUGGUGACCCACCACUUCCACCUGGUUACUACACCGCAAGGAAAGGCCAUUCGACGUUCUUGUUCAAACUCCCCGUUCCAAAGUCUUCUCCAAACUCUAUAUCGUUUGGGGAUGGUAUAGCGACGGUGCGGUAUGAAGUACGAGCGAGUGUGGGUGUUUUAUGGAAGGAGGAGCGGAGAAUGUUGUUGGAGAAGAAAGAUGUCGAUCUCGUUGAAAGUUUUGAUGAGGAGGCCUUCCAUGGUGAAGACAAUUCGCCGAGGGGUGACCCGCAGGGCUUUGUCGUGGCAGAGAACGGAAAGAUUUGGAUGCAGGCAAGGGUCGUCGGAGGGUUGAUUGUAGCAGGUGAAAGUGCUUGUAUAGAACUGCAAGUGAAGAACCAUUCUACCAAGAAGAACUCCUCUCUUCAAAUAGGUCUAUCGCGCCAGCUUAUUCUGCCCCACCUUCCUUCCGGAGAAUCCCCUCCAAACACUCUCCAGAUCACAGAUACUCUCACGACGGUACCUUUCAAAGGUCCAGAAUACAUCAUACAGCCUGGAGUCGAAGGUGUUGCCAGUCUGGUAUUCGAUGUCCCAAGAAGCGCUAGGGGAGCUAAGGGCGGCAUGUACCUCGGAGACGUGGAACUCGACAAGGAAGUAGGAAAGAGGAAGACAACCUGUGCCUUAUUCGAAGUUACAUGCGUUCUAGGCGUUAAGAUGGUCAUGGGUCUAGGGAGGUCGGUGAUACUCACUCUCUAACGUCCUCAAUGAACUAACGCCUCUUUGCUACAAUUCAUGCCUUCUUCUCCGCCCUUCAUCAUCGAUACGUCUGGACUUUCGUGUUCCUUGAUCUUCUUCGCUUCUGGCUCAUUAUCUGCGACCCCUUCUCGCGAAUUCUUAUUCUUAUUACGCUCCAAUCACCGCAGUAAAGAUAUCGUUGUGGAUAUUCCGGUCACGGUCGUACAUCCAUCCGCACUCCCUUCCUUGCCACCUCCAGGAGUGCCAUAUUACGACUACGACUACAAUCAUCACCAACACCAACACCCUCAAAACCAGUAUCUCCAUCCCUAUCCUCACCACCCAGAUCCACAUCUCUAUCACUCAACACCACCUAUGAUGUCGCCUGGGCCUUUAUCAAACGUUUAUUAUAAUCAUGCGCCGCCUGCACCUCCCAUCUCGCCAAUUCCUGCGUCAUACUCGUUUGAUCCUAAUGAGGGAUUAGUGUGGCUGCCUCCUCCCGGUUCUUUCCCCGCUGUUGGAGGUCAAUACUCUCCGCAAGCGCAGUACGGCUACCCACAGAAUCACCAAUAUCACCAUCAACUGUAUCAACCACCUAUGUCUCCUGGUCCACAAGUUCCUUGGGCGAUACCACCUCGACCUGCAUCUGCUGGACCUGGCGGUGGGCGGGAAAGCACCCAGCCCUUGCCAAUGCUUCCGCCAGGUCCUUCACUAAUUCCUCCCGGAUUACCGCCGUCGUCCGUUAGAGACGUCAGACAGGUUUCUAGCGGGGCCACACUCUCUCCUCCCUCUGUCCCUGCGCCCUCUGAGGCAAGAUCUAGAACGAAGAGUAUACAGAAUCUGGAGCUGAGUUCCGCUCCUGUUUCCGUGCCUUUGUCUGAAGAGCCGAAGACAACGAACUAUCCCGGAGAACUUGCCCGGUCUGGGACUGGACUUCGUGCCUCGAGGAUCGCCCACCACCUGAGGGUUACUUCUACAGCAAAGGGGAGAGGGAGGAGUGUUUCUCCUGUCGGUGGGAUGCGGUAUCGACAUGAGUUGGAGGGUCAGCAGCCUGACCAGCAGCAACAACUUGAUAAGCAGAUUUAUGCCGUCGCUACCGUCCAUGGAAACAAGAGUAAAGGACUUCACAUACCUAUGCCACCCCCCAUCACUGCUACCGCGUCUUUGUCUCCGCCGUUACAUUCGCCUAGGCCGGUACUGUCCCCCAAACGGAGUUUUACGAAGGACGCCGUCAGCGGUGGUAUGAGCGUGAAGAGCGAAAGAGUGGAAGAACUAGAGAGGAUGGCUGAUGAAGUUGGGGCGAAGACGAGAGAUUUGAGCGGGGAUUUACCCAAGGAAGGGGAGGUGGGGAAGCCCGAGAAGGACAUGGUGGAUAUCAACAAGUCAUUGCCUAAACUUCAGACUUCACCGCUGUUAUUGUCGCCUGCCGCGAUUGCGAAAAAGAAGCCUGACGAAGAUUACUUUGGAGGUGCGACUGCUGCACUUGAGGUGGCGGCGGCAGCGGUCCCACCUGUGAAGAAGUUUGGUGCCAAAGGGCUUGGAUUCGGGCUUGGACAUGGACAAGGAGAAAGUGGGUUAGACGCGUUGGAGAAGAGGUUGUUGGCCGAGGUUGGAACAAGGAAGAUUGAGAGUGAGAGGAGACCUGAUGUUUGGAGUGUUCUUGGAGUUGAUAACGGGAAUACUCCGAAGAUGAACGGGGGUGUGAGUCCAAUUACCAUACCCACACCCAGGCAAGGGCCUGUCGAUCCAUUGAAUGACUCGGCGAUUUCGAGUUUGACACUACCGGAUUGUGAAGUUGGUGGUGGUGGUGGUGCAGGUGUUGAUGGGAGAGCCCUGCAGAAGGAGUUGUUGGAAUUCGAGAAUGCCAGAGAGUGGGAGAACUUGAAAGAGAAUCAGAAACAGGAAAAGAAGGAGAGAAGACGUGAGAAACGUAGAACGAGGAGAGGAGAGACAGAUGAGGAUUCGGAUAACAAGACGAGCGUUGGUGGCAAAUCUCUGUCUGGGAGGACAGAGAGGCAGAAGAGAAAAGACAAGGAACGCGAUAGAACUGGCGAUGGAGACGGGGAGGGGAGUUAUGGGAUUAGUGAAGGAGGUGAGAAGAAAGAACGUCGAAGCGGACAUGGGAAAAGAAGGGGGAAGGCUGCUAAUGCACGAGUGGCCGCCUGGUUGGGUGAUGUUGAGGCCGAAAUUCCGACACCACCGGUGGAAGAUGCUAUCGCGCACACGCCUAGUCCGGUCCCCGUCGGUGUGUCAAUGCAAGAACAGGAAAUUUCGAGACAAGGCCUCUCUCAGCGCGAGGAGGAGAAGCCAACAAAGAAUGGUCCUCUCCCGUCUACUUCGUCUCGGUUACCUGAUCCUCGCUCGUCCGGAUUCGUGCCUAUUGGUACACUCAAGCCUGAUAUCUAUCAGCGCACACUUGUACCAAAGGACUCGCCUUUUGCAAGUUCAAACAGUAUCGAGGAGGAUGCCAGGAGGAUCACCCAACUGUGGUCCAAGGAUAACAAAGACACCAAGGCAAAGGCAUCCGCGGCAUCCCCCCAGGUCACACAACACUCAAAUCCGUGGCAGAGUAUCCGUUCACCUAUUUUCGCAAGGAAAUCGAAUGGGGGUCCACUGUUUCCACCUUUGAAACGAGAGCUAUACUCGGAAGUGAAGUACGAUGUUAGAUCUGCAAGAGGUGGAAAAGGUGGGCAGGUCACUGCUGUUGCUGCGAUUUGGGCCUCAGUCACAGACCCGAGCAAACGACCGGAUUCUACUUUGAAAGAGGAGCCGUCAAAGCCCCUCAAGCCACCAAAAUCAAGCAUAACUUUACCUUUACCGAAGCCACUUAAGCCCCCUGCCGGAUUGACAUCCUCUAGACCGAAAAACAACGAUUUCCUUUCACCUAAAUCACUCAGACCCAAUCAGCUAUCGUCGACCAGCUCUAAUUCUUCGUCAUCUUGUCGUGCAGGAGCGGCCCCUCGUCCCGUCGGUGUCUCGAGGAAGUUUGACGUGGGUACGGGCGGAAUCAAGGCGUCACCUGCUGCCUUAUCCUCCUCUCACGCUAUACCUACUCUGUCUAGUACGGCAUCACUUGCCAAACCUACCAGUUCGGCUAACGAUAGGAAGCGGUCAUUGCCACUCCCGACAAGGGUACCACAUACCGUCGGCGAAAUGAGGAAAGAUACACCGGGGAAGAGGUUGUCGAUGCCCGCCGUUUCAUCCAAAUCGAGUGGUGUUUCCGGUGCCGCAGUGAAUAAUCUCAAGGCGAUUGUUGAAAGCGGUGGCACGGAUGAAUCUGAUUCGCCUCCGUCGAAAUCUCCGGCCACUGAACUGGCGUUUGGGCAAGCUCGACUGCGGGACCUCAUCAAGAAAUAUCAGGGCCAGUCGACAUGAUAUCUUUGUAUCUGUUUUCUCGCUCUCUCUCUCUGUCAUCUCAUCAUAUCUGGGACUGCUGUAUCUCAUUUCUCUCAUCUACAUCAUUUUCUGUUGUUGUUUUGCAUACUGAUAUCGUCUCACCAUUUCGUUUGCUGCAUCUCUUUACGUUUAAACACUGAGUUAUUUCAUUCAAUUCUGCACCACCUGCUUCCUUUUGCUGUUUCCAUUCGCCUCCGUUUGUGCUAAUAAUGAUUGUACGACAGUGUAAUGACCGUUAAUGACACGAUCUAGAACCUCCGG